AUGAGCCAGGAUACAGGCAGCAGGAUAUCGGUACCUGGCUCGAUUACUGAUGCUACCACUUCGGCUGGUACCCAGGACUCGGAGCUCAAAGCAAAAGUCAUCAGGGUAAUGGCGAAUACUAUGAAUGGUUGCCUGACAGAGCUGGGAUAUCAUCCUGAUAUUUAUGCACAGAUGAAUGCAGUUCACGAGUGGAAUAUUCGGCUCAGGGAUGAGAAUGCAAAGCUAUUAGACGACAAUCGGAGUUUAGCACAGCUGAUAAGCGUGCAAAAUGAGCGACUCACGAAGGAGUCAUCGAGUAGCCAUACUGUACCUGGCGUCAAUGAGCUGCAGAGAAGGAUUCAGGCGUUGGAGGUGGAUCGGCAAGCAAUGCUGACACAACGUCACCAUACAAUGAAUGAAUUGUUAUUCCUCAGGCACGAAGUUGCGCGGCUACAGCAGAUCACUUCUCCUACCUCGACAAAUCCACAUCCGUACGUCGUGCCUCCUCCCUUUGUUCCAGCUCUCAAUGGAGCCGUCCCACGUCUGUCGCCGUACGGUCCUGGAUUUCCAACGGUACAACACCUAGGAAGGCAUAGACCGCCUCUACCAGCCAUUGAUACGGCUAUCACCUCGUCAACAAUGGAACGCCGGCACUCUUCAAGUGCUCGAGCUAGUCCAGUUUCGUUCUUUGCUAGCGGCUCUCGACCGGCAUCAGCAUCGUCUCGAAUUGGAAGUAUAUCAAAGGAAGCCUCACGGAUGGGAUUAGAAGAGCAGCGAGAGGUUGUCAUCGACACUAUACCUGCACCCGUCAAUGAUGACAUAAAUGUUGAGAUGAUCGAUUUGGUUCACGACAGCGGAGCCGAAUGUGAAGAGAGGGCGCCGAAAAGACCCCGUCUGGAGACCGAGAAUGACGUUUUGGAGGCUGAUAUCCUCCAGGAUUGUGUCGAGGCCGGUUUCGACGAUGAUGAGGAGGACGAGACAAGCGGGAAACGCUGGUGCCGGAUGUGCAGGUACGUCCAAGUCAUCAUGUAUCCUCACACCUUCAUUUUUGAGACAAUCGAAUACAGGUCACGUCACUUGACGGGUGUUGUUGAAGAAGCUCCAGAGCCUUUUGUCAAUGCAAGCGUGGAGGAGCUUGUUCAGCACUGCGAACGCGAACACCCGAAGGGAUGGGAAUCUCUGAAGCAAAGCAUACAAGCACAGACCGAUUCGGAAUAG